AUUUCAAAAGAAAUCACCUUUAUGUUUGUUCUGAGUAUCUCAUUUCUUUCGAAGUAAACUGACUGAAAAUAAUAAUUGUAUUUAUUUAAUUAAAAUAGGAAAGAAAUACCAUUUGCAGACUUUUAAGUCUAUUUACACAUAUUCAUGACGUGUUAGUGGCGUAUCAAUAUCGUAUCAGUAGCAUCCGUAAUAUCAAUGAUGAUUAUUCACAUAUAUCCGUAUAGUUUGAAUUUAAACUUAUUAAUUUUCAAGAUGUCAGUUUAUAGACGAUAAAUUAGCAAUGAUUAGGUAAUAUACAGUUUAAGAGUAAAAUAUGUUUCAAAAUAUUUAUAAUACUGUAAUAUGUUGUAUUUAUUCUGAUAAGUAAUAUGUCUCUGAAAUAAAAAAUAUUAAUGUAAUACAGGAUAUUUGCCAUCUUCUUUCAUAUCUGUUCCAAUCUUCCUUCAAAUCGAGUUUGAAAGAAGUGUCCAUAUUUAGGAUGUGAUAAAUCGUAUAGCACCGGAUAUUGACGCACUAAUUCAAUGAAUUGUUCGUCAUUCAUUUUUACAAGCCUAAAAAUGUCUAUAUAGAUACUGAAACUGAACGAUCCAAAUACAAUACUGCGUCGGACAUGUGUAAACACGUCCAUCUAAAAACAAAAGGACGAUAUUUAUCAUCACUGAUACUAACAGAAAAUCACGAAACUGAAUAGAUACGGCACUGACACGUCACAGAUAUGUGUAAAUAGACCUUAUCAUAAAAAUAAUUUACCGCUGCGAAAUGAUUAAAUCGCAAUGACUUAUAUCGAGAGAGAGAUUGAAUCUUCUGAAUUAAAGUGUGAAUUUUGACUAUAUUGUCACUUUUCUAGUAAUUUUUUGAAUGUAAAUAUCAGAGGAAAUUCAAGAAAUUCAAGAAGAUUGAACUUUAUUAGACGACACAUCGAAUCAAAGAUGAUUAUUAUUAUAUUUUUAUUAUCCAUUCUUAGUUUAUUAGUAUAUAAUUAUUAUGUGCAUCAUGGAAGAAAUGGGCAACUUAUUAAUCUUAUCCCCGGACCACUAGGCUAUCCGAUUUCUGGUAAUUCAUUGGAAUUCCUUGUUUCGGCAGAAGAACAAUGGAAAUGGUUGCAUACUACAUUUGACAAAUAUUAUCCCAUUACAAAACUUUGGGCUUUCUUUAGGCCUAUUGUAUCUAUUCGUCAUCCAGAUGACUUGGAAAUCAUACUAAGCAGCACUAAACACAUCGAAAAAAGUAAAACAUAUGAUUUAUUACAUCCUUGGCUCGGCACAGGUCUUCUCACUAGCACAGGCACCAAAUGGCAAACGCGACGAAAGAUACUAACACCUGCAUUUCAUUUCAAUAUAUUGAAUCAAUUUAUUGAUAUCUUGGUGAAAGAGAGUGAUCGCAUGACAAAAUCUUUGAAGAAUGUAAAAGGCACAAUUAUAAAGGAUUUAGUACCAUUUAUUAGUGAACAUACGCUGAAUGCGAUAUGCGAAACUGCCAUGGGUAUAUCUCUGCACGAUUUCGGGAUGUUCCAACAAGAAUAUCGAGAGGCGGUUCAUCAAAUAAUCGAAUUGUUUAUUUAUAGAUUACCGAGAUAUUGGCUUCAUAAUAAUCUGUUAUUUGCGUUGUCACCACAAGGAAGGAGACAAAAAAAGGUCCUUAAAAUAUUACAUAGAUUUACGGAAAAAAUUAUUGCAGAAAGGAAAUUUUAUCAUGAAUGCACCAAUGGUCGAUACUUAAAAAACUUUGAAAGUGGGAAAAAGCCGGAGAUAGAUGAUACAGAAGUGUUCGGAAUUAAAAAAAAACGACUAGCUAUGUUGGAUCUCUUAAUAGCGGCGUCUCAAGAAGGCUUUCUCACUGAUUUAGAUAUCAAAGAGGAAGUUGAUACUUUUAUGUUUGAAGGUCAUGAUACUACAGCGAUGGGUAUAACAUUUGCUUUAUUAUUAUUAGCUGAACACAAAGAUAUCCAGGAACGCGUUAGAAUUGAAAUAAAUACCGUGAUGCAAGAGAAUGGAGGAAAACUUACUAUGAGUUCAUUGCAAAAUUUAUUAUAUUUAGACAGAUGUUUAAAAGAAACACUACGUUUAUAUCCUAGUGUGUUUCUUAUAUCACGAAAGGCUGCGAAGGAUGUAAAAUUACAGUCAUAUAUAGUUCCUGCUGGAACGACUGUACAUCUUAAUAUCUAUGGAGUUCACAGAGAUCCUAAUUUUUGGCCAAAUCCAGAAGUAUUUGACCCGGAUAGAUUUUUGCCCGAGAAGGUCCAAAAGCGUCAUCCUUAUUCUUAUUUACCAUUUAGCGCAGGACUACGAAAUUGUAUAGGACAACGAUUCGGUUUGUUGGAAAUGAAGACCAUAAUAGCUCCUUUGGUAUAUAAUUUUUAUUUAGAACCUGUUGAUUAUUUAAAGGAUCUCGAAAUGAAAACUGCUAUAGUACUUCGUCCUUCUCAUCCGGUUCGUAUAAGAUUUGUUCCAAUUGAAUGUGAACAAUUUGAAACAAAUAUAGGCAGAACAGACGUAAGAAAUUGAUGUAUUGCAAAAGUGGAAGAAAAUUUUAUCCAUGUAUUCUAUCUGUGUAAUCACUUUGAAUAUUGUGAACAAUAUGCACAUUAUACACACACACACACACACACACACACACACACACACACACACACACACACACAC